AGAAAAUCUAAUGAUUUCGGUUGACGCUUUCCUCCAUUCACUCAGUUGUCAUGUCGGUCAAGGGAGUGGUGCGUCUCCGUGUGCUGGCAGGAAAGGCGGCGCCGUCGCCGGCCAUCGGUCAAGCAUUGGGUCCUCUCGGUGUGAACAUGAUGGAGUUCUGCAAGUCGUUCAAUGAUCGGACCUCCCACAUCAUCCCUGGCACACCGAUCCCGGUCCAGUUGACUGCUAUGACCGAUCGCACGUUCACGUACGCGACCAAGACCCCCCCGACGACGUGGUUCUUGAAGAAGGCCGCCCAAAUCACGAGUGGCAGCGAUCUUACUGGACAGAAAGAAGUCGGUACUGUUUCAUUGCGCCACAUCUUCGAGAUCGCCAAGGUCAAGCAACAGGACGAAUUGCUGGACUUCAUCGACCUCCCCAGUCUGUGCAAGAGCAUUAUUGGGUCCGCGCGGUCGAUUGGGUUGAAGGUCGUAGAUAAGUAGAGUUGAUUGACAAUGGUCAGGCAUCGAAUUGUACAAUUGUGUCACUUCCUGCAGCACCACCACGAUCUUGCUCACUUACGAGAUGCCAUCGUGUGAUCCAUCCCCUCAAGCAACGCAGUCGCUCCGAACCUUUGGGUGCAUGGAAUCCCGUCCACUCUUCUUGGUAGUUCCAUGCAGAUCGGUGGUAGAUUUCCCUGUCGCAGGAGCUAUCUGGCGGCGGCACUGGUCUGGCUCGAGUCAUCAUCGCAUCUUCG